AUGUCAGAAGAGGCAGGCGAAUCCAGGGGUAGCGUUAUCCAAACGAGGACGCCGUUCCACAUCAGUGCGAAGCCGGAAAAGCAAGAAUUGGUCGACGAGUAUCGCGGUAAAACACUCAAUGCUUUGAGAACACCCGCACUGGUCAUUGACAGGGCCAUCUUCGCCAAGAACUGUGCUGAGAUGCACGAACAUGCUAAACAAUGGGGUGCCAGCUUCAGAGCACAUGUGAAGUCGCACAAGACAGUGGAAGGUACCAGACUUCAAUUGAGCUCAAGCGCAGACCAGACGCAGGCAAUAGUGGUGUCGACAGUCAUGGAAGCCUGCGAAGUCAUCAGGGAUGGACUUAUUGCGGACAAAACCGUCAAAGAUAUCCUCUACGGACUCCCUGUCGCGGUCAACAAGAUCGCAGACCUCUCUGCUUUGUGGGACGAAGUUGCAUAUUCCGAUGUGGCCCUACGCAUUUUGAUUGACCAUCCAGACCAAGUCGCAUUCUUGGAAAAGUUUGAGUAUCAGAGGAAGACGUCGAGGAAGUGGUCUGUAUUUAUCAAGAUCGACUGUGGACAGAAACGAGCAGGGCAGCCACCAAGUUCUCCACAACUGCGAACUUUGUUGAUGGCUGCGUUCGCCUCUCCGGUCAUUUCGGUGUAUGGAUUCUAUUGCCAUGGAGGGCAAUCGUACGCGUCAACUUCGUUCUCCGAAGCCUCAUCCUUUCUGUCUCAGGAACUUGAGGCUGUCAAUAAUGCGGCAGGUGUUGCGUUGUCCAUCUUGGCCAGCUCUCCGAAAGUUACUCCGCAGCGAGAACCUUUCGUCCUCGCGAUAGGCUCGACACCCACUGUCCACGCUGCCACAGCAGAAACUCGUGAGAGACUUGCCGCAGUGUUGAAUGGUACGCUAGAAUUACAUGCAGGGAACUAUCCACUGUUGGAUCUCCAACAACUACACACCGGCUUAAUUACUAGCAGUCGCAUCUCACAGCGUGUUUUGGCGACGGUCAUCUCGUACUAUCCUGAACGUGGCGCCGACGGCACGGACGAAGCCAUGUGCGAUGCAGGAGCAAUAGCAAUGAGCAAGGACAUCGGUCCGUUCCCAGGUUAUGGAGAAGUGGUCGGAAGGCCAUGGAGGCUCGGGCGGAUAUCGCAGGAGCACGGCAUUCUGACGCGAACGCAGCCUCCGUACGCGAUCACCCCAGAUGGUGAAGACAUAAAUCUAAAGAUCGGAGAAAUGGUCCAGAUUGUCGGACAACACGCUUGUCUGAUACUAGCAGCUUUUCCUUGGUAUUAUAUUGUAGACUCUGACAUCAAAGGAGGAGGAGAUGUGGUGCAGGACGUCUGGGUGCCAUGGAAGGGUUGGUGA